AUGGCCACCACUCCAGAAUCUCGCCUCAUGGCCGCGCCAGCCGAGAUUCGUCAGCAGAUCUUACAAAAUCUAUUCACCAACGAAAUCCGAACCAACAAAGACGGCGAGAUCUUCAACAUGCCGUGGCAAUUGCAAUCCGUAUGCAAGCUACUCAAAGAGGACGUUGACACGAUCCAAAACCUCUGGAGCCCUCCUCAAUAUGCCACGCUUCUCGUCACAUAUCCGAAAGAGCUCCCCCAACUCCCGUCUGUCAUCGCACAACUGAAGCAGAAAACCGCCAAAGCGAAUAACGGAAAGCAAUGGAGUGGUUUCGAAGAGGCUGGACUGAUCAUUUUCCAUCCAACCGCCAUAAAGCAGGUCCUAGCCGACUUACCCGAUUGGCUUUCGAAGGACCAGGUGAUGCAGUCACUUUACUUGUGCGUCGUCAGAGAAUGGGAUCUUAACCGUUACGUUUUGAGGCCUACUCUAAAUCCAGAGGUUACUAGAAUCGUCAAAUCUAAUCUUACGUUACCUAAGGCCGACAGGGAUGCUGUGAAGGGGUGGUCAAGCCGGAAAUGGGACAGUAUGCAGACCGGGGCUUGGUGCGUUUUAAGGGAGCUCGCGGAGGACUACAGUUCUGCGUUCAAAGGAGACGCUGGGACUCCGUUCGUGCAGAUGGAGGACCGGAAAGGUAAUGGCGUGCAACCGAGAAUUGAGUUCACAGGCAUACUUCCAAAGGAGCACAAGGCGACAUUUGAAAAGAGGAACUCGGAGGCUAUGAUUCCCUUCCAUAUCGGGGGCAUAGAGUGGAUCUGA